GCGAAAUUCAUAGUUUCCCAAACUUACACAGCCUCGAACCUCAAACUGCCAGCAACAUGAACUCCACCUUCGAUCGACAACUACUUCAUCUCCUCAAACCUCAAACUACUACAUCAUCAUCUCUCUAAUCUCUUCUUUCCACUUCUCUACCCCAGCAGCCCAGUCUCAAAAUCAUCCUAAAUCACCAGCACCAAACUCCUUCAUCUUGGGUUUUCGAUCGAUCAGGUAAAGUUUUAAUUUUUCUCUUCUUUUCUUUUUAUAAUUUGAUUUUUUUCAAUGGGUAUUCUCAAUUUUCAAUUGUAAUUGUGUUUUGAUUACAAUAUACCAGUUGAGACGAUGGGUUCUUAUAUUGGUAAGAAAACAAUGGAUAAUUGUUUGAGAUAUGAAUUCUUGAUUGCUGUUGACUUUUCAAUUUCAGUGUUGUUAAUUUUUGAGAUAUCAUCUCUCCGAUUUUGGUUUUAUAUUAAUUGAGUUUUUGUUUUUGUUUUCUCACCCAUUUAGAAUAUUACCCGUUAUGCAAAGUCUUUAUAGUUAUAGUUCAACCUUUUUACCAGUUAACUUGUAGGGUGACUAGCUUGUUUACUGGUUUCCAAUUCUAACUUAUGACUAGCGUGAUCUUGAAGAUAUUGUUUUUUAGUAGUCCGGUCGAAUCAAGUUUUCAACCUAGUUGCUUUCAUUAGCUCGAUCGGUCUAACAUGUUAACGAGUAAUGUCUAGACGACAUGGACAGACUUAUGAGUGUGGCCUGCAGGUUUUGCUUCUAUAUUUUCCUGUUAUCUUGGGUAAAUGGGUAAAACUUAAUUACAGUUAUUAUGCAUUCCUUGUUAUAAGCAACAUGCAUGGUUGAAGUUGAAAUUAAUCUAAGAACGAUUCUUUAAGCAACCAUCCAAACAUUGUUCAUCAAUUGUUAAUGUAAGAUUUUCUAUGAUCAUUAAUUCUAGAUUGAAUUCAUUGUAGAGCAGAGCGAGUGGAAGCGAUCACUCCCCUCAUUUUCUACAUGUGACCGAAGUUUACCGAUUCAUUUUUCGUUUCAGAAUGUAUGUUUUAUUCGAGUAUAAACAUAUUGAUGCUCCAUAGAUUGUCUAAAACAAAUUGAAAUUGGCACGUCUUGUUUAUUUAACAUAUGCACGUCUUGAUGGAAUUGUUGGGGGUGGUUGAGUUUUAUGUAGAGAGAUGAGCCCAGGUUUAAAUAUAUUUGAAUUUCAUGUGGUGGGUAGUGAUGGCUUCAGGAACUAAUUGUUAAUAUAGGGAAGUGACUGUAAGUGGUUCUUUAUAUAUAUUACUUGGACUUCUAAUAACCAGAGGAAAGGUUAUUGAGAGGUAUGGGGUUCUAGGAUACAGUUUUGUAUGGAAAAUCCAAAGCAUUACUUUGUGCUAAGCAGAAACAUAAAAUUGUUCUCAUGGUCUCAAUUGUCACUCGUACUAUUUUCAAUCUAUGUUGAAGUUUACAGUUUGUGUCUUUAUAUAUUCCAUGAAAAAGGGAAGCAGAAUCGCAUCAGAAAGCAUUAUCCGGAUUGGAUACUAGUGAUUGUUGAAAGUGCUGAAAAGAGUGAUGCAACUGAUCGAUAUUGAGAAGAACAAGUUUUGUUGAGCUCACUUCAAUCCAAAGUUGCUUUAGUAUUACACAAAAGGUGUCGAGAAAGGUAAAAAUGUGUCUUUUGUUGAGAAUUGGAGCACUAUGCAUCAACAUCAUGAUGGUCAGUGGAUCAACGAAGCAGCUGAACAAACUGGGAAGAAAAUGUUAGCAGAAUUGAAUCAAACAAAGGAGAAGUUAGCUGAAAUCCUUGGGGCUGCCUCACUUGAUGAAAUAGAAGUUCCCGUUUCUAUGCAGUUGGAUAUCUUGGCAAAUGGCGUUGGGGUUGCAAAGGGUAGAGGCAUUCGCGGUCUGGGCUAUGGUCCACGGAAGGAACCCGUCCAUUAUUCUGAGAGUGAUAAAUCUGCAAAUGCUUCUAUGACAGAACAAAAGGUAAUUGAGCUGACAGCCACGGUGGAAAAGCUUUUGAGGCAUAUCAAUCACAUAGAAGAGCAACUUGCUACUGUUGAAGGGUAUACUAUUCAUCAUUCCAGUGAUGAUGAUGAUUAUGAUGAUGGGGAUGAUGAUGAUGUGAAUAUCUAUGGGGAUGAAGAUGAGGGUGCAGACUAGCUAUUAGGACCUUAAUGUUGUUUUCCGAUGGAACUUUAAUUUUAUAUUAUUAAAACUAGAAAACUUGAUUUCGCUAGCUACUGUCUAUGUAGAAGUGUAGAAACGCAAAACUUCACUUUCUCAGUUAUGUACUAUCUUUCAUUUAUUCAAUGCAAUUAAAUAUAUUUUUAUUUA